AUGAAGUCUUCGAUUCUCGCCGGCGUCUUCGCCACCGGCGCCGUUGCCCAGAGUGGUGCUUGGGGACAGUGUGGUGGUAACGGAUGGCAGGGAGCGACGACCUGCGUGUCGGGCUACCACUGCGCUUAUCAAAACGACUGGUACAGCCAGUGCUUGCCUGGCGGUGCUUCGACGACAUUGAGGACUUCGACCACGACCAGCUCGGCGCCUGCUGCUACCAGCACUUCGCCGGCCAAGGGCAAGUUCAAGUGGUUCGGUAUCAACCAGUCCUGCGCUGAGUUCGGCACCCCCACGUACCCCGGCAUCUGGGGCAAGCACUUUACUUUCCCGUCAACUUCGUCUAUUCAGACGCUCAUCAAUGACGGAUACAACACCUUCCGUGUGGCCUUCUCCAUGGAGCGCCUGGUGCCCGACCAGCUGACGUCAACCACUUUCGACGCCGGCUACCUCCGCAACCUGACGGAGACGGUCGACUUCAUCACCAACGCCGGCGCGUACGCGGUGCUGGACCCGCACAACUACGGCCGGUACUACGGCGACAUCAUCACCGACACCAACGCCUUCAAGACCUUCUGGACCAACCUCGCCACCAAGUUCGUGUCCAACUCGCGCGUCGUCUUCGACACCAACAACGAGUACAACACCAUGGACCAGACUCUGGUGCUGAACCUCAACCAGGCGGCCAUCAACGGCAUCCGCGCGGCGGGGGCCACGCAGCACAUCUUCGUCGAGGGCAACGCAUGGUCCGGCGCCUGGAGCUGGAACACGACCAACACCAACAUGGUGGCGCUCACGGACCCGCAGGGCAAGCUCGUGUACGAGAUGCAUCAGUACCUGGACACGGACAGCUCCGGCACCAGCCCGGACUGCGUCAGCGCCGAGAUCGGUGUGCAGCGCGUUGUCGGCGCCACCAACUGGCUGCGCGCCAACGGCAAGAUCGGCAUCAUCGGCGAGUACGCCGGUGGCCCCAACACCGUCUGCCAGACCGCUGUCACCAACCUCCUCGAGCACCUCAAGGCCAACAGCGACGUCUGGCAGGGCGCUCUCUGGUGGGCGGGUGGUCCCUGGUGGGGCGACUACAUGUACUCGUUUGAGCCUCCUUCGGGCACCGGGUACACCAACUACAACUCCAUCCUGAAGAAGUACGCUCCCUAA